UAUUAAUGUAUGAUGAAAAACAAUCAAUUAGCAUAUUUCAUAUGUUUAUGAUGCUCUGUUUUGUUUCUGCAAUGAGCGGUGGAAUAAUUGGUAACAGUGAAUACGGCAAAUAUAAAACAAUUUUAGCAUUUACUAUCACUAACUGGUUGGGAGUUUUUCUACUGUUUUAUUCAACUCUACAGACUCAAGAUACAACAAUUCGUACAUUCAUUUCAUUUUACGGACUAAUUUUGAUCUCUAUUGGCGUUGGUGGUAUGAAACCAUGUGUGCCUGCUUUCAGUUUGGAUCAACUAUUUGUAAACGAUAGAAACAUUAACGUGUCGAUUGCCGAACAUUUUUUCAGCACUUUUUACUUUGUAAUUCAUGUUGCUGUGUUAUUUGGCACGAUCACAUCACCAGCAUUAACUAUUUUCAUUCUACGAAUUCACAAAACAGUCUUAAAUUCUAAUAGAGAUUCUUAUACAUUCAGAUUUGGAUUGUCAAACAUAUUGAUGACAGUCGGCAUUGGUGCAUUUUUGUGCGGAAACCCGUAUUAUUUAUUGAAAAAGUCCAACGAGAGCAUCUUGCUUAAAAUGAUUAAAUGCAUUGUUAUCGCCUCGUGGAAGAAACUGAAACACGGCCUAAGACGAUCAAACCAAAUCCAUUGGCUGGACUACUCUAAAAGCGUUUCACCUUUGAACGUUAUUCAUGACGCAAAGAAAUUACUACACAUGUUUCGUUUAUAUAUACCUCUGUCGAUGUUUUGGAGUCUGUUCGAUCAACAGAACACUACAUGGCUGUUUCAAGCCGCCCGUACCAACGGACGCUUUUUCGGUAUUGAAAUACCCGUUUAUACAUUGCAAAUAGUCAGUCCAGUAUUAGUAUUGAUUACAAUUCCGUUUAUGAAUCGCAUAGUAUACCCAUAUCUAGAUGGUCAUAAGCUGUUCAAAUAUCCUUUGAAACGCAUUCUACUUGGUGGCGGCGUAGCCAGUUUAGCAUUUGUGUUAUCUGGCUUUGUGGAAUUGAACUUGGAAAAUAAUCUAAAAAAUACAUUAAGAUCGGAUGUGUCAAACGUAUACAUUGUAAACAUGUUACCGUGUUCGGUGAAGAUUUGGAUUUCGAACUCAUCAGUGGAAAAAAUAAAUGAAAAUCAAUACUUUUUCAAAAGAAAUGUAUUUUUAAUACCAGAAAAUAUCGUUUACGUUGGGAUAUCAGUAGAUGAUGGAUGUGACAAAAUUAUCACCCGACAAAAGUAUAAAAUAAGAUUACAAAUAAACACGACUAAAUUGAUUAUUCUCUCUUUGGAAACGAAAAAUUAUUCAUUGAAAAUUACUACUCAAAUUUUAUCAAAUAAUCUCAUCAAUAACUAUAGAAAAAAUAAUUCACCGUUACUCUAUUCAACAAUUCUAUUAGAUGAUACUUUUGAUCAUUGGACUGAUAUAAAAAAUUCGACAUUCUUCAAUUUACAAUCAUCAAUUAAACACCUAUACUUUUUAAAAACAACAACAGAUGAUUCUAUGCAUUUAAUUAAAACAAAUGUAGUACAAGUGAAUCCGGGCAAGUAUACUUUUACGAUUAAUAAUUAUAACAAAAACCUGUACCGGACUCGCAGUAAUGUUUUCAAGUUAGAAAAAAAAGAGAACUACGUUUACAUAGGACUUUGGAACUCUAAAGUAAUUUAUAAGAGUCAACUAAUUAGUCUCUACCGACCACGAGGAAUAAGUCUACAAUGGUUACUACCACAAUUCAUUUGUAUGGCAAUUGGCGAAACCCUUUUUACAUUGACAGGACUUGCAUUCACAUUUUCAGAAGCACCGGAAUCCAUGAAAACCGUAUCGUUGUCCAUGUGGUACUUAUCGGUUGCACUGGGAAAUUUAAUUGUAAUAUUUUUUAACCAUACAAUUCUAUUCGACAAUAAGUCGACUGAAUUUUUUAUGUUUUCAAUCAUAACAAUAAUAGUGAUUAUAAUAUUGUACAGAAUGAGCAAUACGUUUGAAAAAAUAUACAAUGAAAAUAGACUUGAUAUUCCAAUUGAUUUAGUGAUGACCAUACAAAGAAGUAGUUAUCAACUUGCUUUCUAAGUUAAUACACAGAAAGAAUUCAUAUUAUACUGUGACUUCGAUAUUUUCCAUGAGG